UUUUUUUUCGCAACACAACACACACAACAUUCCAAAAGAAAGAAUCAAAACCCCCAAAAUGCAACUGUCUUCAUUUCAAACUUUUGCAUCCUAAUAAUAACUACUCCUCUUCUCCUUGAUCUUUCCGUUUCAAUUCAAUAACAAUAAUAAUAAUGUCAGAUCAUUCACCACUAAUCUCUCCAUAAUCUCUUCAAUUUUCACCACAAAUAUAGCUUAAACACACAAUUUAUGAUCUCAAAUGAUCACCGAAACGAGCAUCGAUUUCUUAGUGCCGUCAUGGUGGGAGGUGGAAGUGAGCAUCGCCGCUUCGUGUUUCGUCAUUGCGGCGUACUGGUUCUUCACGUACGACGGUGACAGCGGUGGUGGUGGUGGUUCCGGUGAUCGAUCGGUGUUUGAUAGUUCGGCUAGUGGUGUAGGUGAUGGUAUUGAUGAGAGAGAGAAGAUGGAUCAAUUGAAGGGUGAUCCUCAUGGUGGCUCUGCGUAUAUUAUAAAGGUGGAACUGUUAGCAGCGAAGAAUCUUAUUGGUGCUAAUCUGAAUGGAAUGUCGGAUCCUUAUGCAAUCAUCACUUGUGGUUCAGAAAAGCGGUUUAGCUCAAUGGUUCCUGGUUCAAGAAAUCCGAUGUGGGGAGAGGAAUUCGAUUUUUCUGUUGAUGAACUGCCUGUAAAGAUUAAUGUGUCGAUAUAUGAUUGGGAUAUAAUUUGGAAAAGCGCCGUUCUUGGCUCCGUGACAAUUCCCGUUGAAAGUGAAGGUCAAACCGGUGCACUAUGGUAUCCCUUGAGUAGUUCUCCAGGGCAGGUUUGUCUCCAAAUUAGAACAACUAAUCUCGCCAGAAACACUUCCAGGGGUUUAAAGGGCUACGCUGGUGCUAAUGCUAGAAGACGGAUUUCAACACAUAAACAAGGGCCAAUAGUGGUACAUCAGAAGCCCGGGCCUUUGCAGAUGAUAUUUAAUCUUCUACCGGAUGAGAUUGUUGAACACAGCUAUUCAUGUGCAAUGGAGAGAUCAUUCUUGUAUCACGGUCGUAUGUAUGUUUCAGCUUGGCAUAUAUGCUUCCACUCUAAUGUCUUCUCCAAACAAAUGAAAGUGAUAAUUCCUUUUGGUGAUAUAGAUGAGAUACGAAGGAGCCAACAUGCGGUCAUUAAUCCUGCUGUAACAAUAGUUCUUCGACUGGGUGCUGGUGGACUUGGUGCUCCUCCUUUACGCAGUCAAGAUGGUAGAGUUAGAUACAUGUUUGCUUCAUUUUGGAACAGAAAUCAUGCAAUAAGAACUUUACAACGUGCUGCUAAGAACUACCAUUCAAUGAUUGAAGCUGAGAAGAAGGAUCAACAACACUCAGAAUUACGCGCAAGCAGUAGCUCUCUAAUUUACAAAAAGCCCGUGAAGGUUUUAGAAGAAAGCGUGCCCAAAAAACAAGAACCGUUUGUUCAAGAGGAUGUUCUCACUGGCAUAUACAAUGAUGUUUUUUCAAGUACUGCUGAACAAUUUUUUGACUUGCUGUUGAGUGAUGGUUCCAAUUUCACAAACGAUUACCGUACAUCCCGGAAGGAUACCAAUCUUAAUAUAGGUCAGUGGCAUUCGGCUGAUGAAUACGAUGGUCAAGUGAGAGAAAUUACGUUUAGAUGCCUUUGUAAUAGUCCUAUGUGUCCUCCUGACACAGCUAUGACAGAGUGGCAGCAUUCUCUGCUGUCCGCUGACAAAAAAACUCUGGUAUUUGAGACCGUACAACAGGCGCAUGAUGUUCCAUUUGGAUCAUACUUUGAGGUGCACUGUAGAUGGGUUGUUGUGACUACAUCUGAAUCUUCAUGCACUAUUGAUGUUAAAGUCGGCGUGCAUUUCAAGAAAUGGUGCGUAAUGCAAUCUAAAAUAAAGUCGGGUGCCAUCAGUGAGUAUAAGAAAGAGGUGGAACUCAUGCUAGACGUGGCUCAUUCGUGUAUCAACUCCAACACGGUCAAUGAUGCGACUACACAACCUGUUCCUUCCACAUAAUACAACGCGUAACCUCGUCGUACACAAUGUUUUGAUUUUAAACAUCUAUGUUCUUUCAGACUUUUUUUAUAUAUAGUUUUUUGUUUACAAAAGAGUCCGUUUCCGUCAAGCAAGUAUCGUGUGUUGUUUAAAUGUUGUAUGUAGUUGGCGUUUGUAAUUUUUAUGCGAUUGACAUUCUUUUAUAUGAGUCCUAAUAGCGUGUCGACUCUGUCUAGUGAUUUGUUCCCAUAGGUGUGACGAGUCGUUUACUUAUGGAUAAGCUAAUGCGGGUUAUGUGUUACCUUUUAACACUUGGGAUGGUUUAAAUAACAUAAUUUUGUAAA